AUGUCUGCUCCUACUGAAGCCCCAAAGAGAUCCUUCGGCCGCAACAACAAGCGUGGCGGCCCAAAGAGAGGAAGAAGAGAUGAAGAGAAAGGCUGGACUCCUGUCACCAAAUUAGGUAGAUUGGUAAAGGCUGGUAAAAUCACUUCGAUUGAAGAGAUUUACUUGCACUCUUUGCCUGUCAAGGAGUACCAAAUCAUCGACCAAUUGUUGCCUGAGUUGAAGGAUGAGGUCAUGAAGAUCAGAUCUGUUCAAAAGCAAACCAGAGCUGGUCAAAGAACCAGAAUGAAGGCUGUGGUUGUUAUUGGUGACUCCAACGGUCACGUUGGUUUGGGUAUCAAGACCGCCAAGGAAGUUGCUUCUGCUAUUAAGGCUGCCAUCAUCAUUGCUAAGUUGGCUAUCAUUCCUAUUAGAAGAGGUUACUGGGGUACCAAUUUGGGUGCUCCUCACUCUUUGCCAACCAAGGUGACUGGUAAGUGUGGAUCUGUUCUUGUUAGAUUGAUUCCUGCUCCAAGAGGUAAGGGUAUUGUUGCCUCUCCUGUUGUGAGAAAAUUGAUCCAAUUGGCUGGUGUUGAAGAUGUUUACACUACUUCUAAUGGUUCUACCAGAACCACCGAGAACACCUUGAAGGCUACUUUUGCUGCCAUUGGUAACACUUACGCUUUCUUGACUCCUAACUUGUGGGCUCAAACUCCUUUGGCUCCAUCUCCUUUGGAGGUUUACGCCGAGGAAGCUUCCGGUUCUAAGAGAAGAUACUAG